GGCGAUGUCAGCUCCGAGCCAGACCGGUGCCGCUAAAGAGCGAGUGUUCUUUCCCGGGGCCGGGCGAUAGGGCGAGGGAACGGCCUCAAGCUGCGCCAGCGGAGGCUCAGAUUGGACCUAUGGAAAAAUUCCUUCACUGAAAGGGUUUUCGGGCACUGGCAGAGGCGGCCCAGGGAGGGGGGAGUCCCCCUCCCUGGAAGGAGUUUAAAAGGUACAGCUGUUAAACUGCUGGGAAGAAAUAUUCCCUCAAUUCUUAGCAUGACUAAAGCAGCGGAUCUGAAGAUAAGCAGGAGAUUUUGCAUUAAAUCCCAGGAAGAAAGUCAACUUCAGCCAAGAAGUCGUCCUACUUUGAAGGUGCCUGGACACAAGCCUACAGACUGGGAGAAAAAAUUCUUGUUGUGGGCAGGCAAUUACAAAAAACCAGAGGAUAUACCAGAGACUGUCUCGAUUGAAACAAUCAGAGCAGCAAAGACCACACUGCGUGUGAAAUUCAGCUACGUAAUGAUUGCCUUGACAAUACUGGGAUGCAUAAUCAUGGUGAUUAAAGGGAAGCAGGCUGUAAAAAGGCAUGAAUCUCUCACAAGCAUAAACCUGGAGAAGAAAGCUCAAUGGAGAGAUGAAGCUACAUCUGCUAAACCUUAGAGGAGGAAAUGAAGAGACCAAGGACUGGGGAAGAAAAGCUGGUGUCCUUUUAAGCACUGGAAGGAGGAUAUAGUCACAUCUCUCCUGUGUGAUAGUUCUGUACUCUCAUAUUCAAGAAAGAACGAGUGCAUUAUCCUGUAAUCAUUAAAAUCAGAAGUACCUAUUUUCUUUUUCUAA